CUCGAUGCGAGGCGAGUGCGUGCGCGACGGUGCGGCACGAGUGCUCCGUGUGCUCGCACCCGAACGAGCCUGUUUUCGUUGAUUGUCGAGGAAGAGCGUUCUCGGCUCCGUCGUUGCGCGCGAUCGCGACGCGAUACGCGCACGGGAAUUGUGAUACGCGCUAUCAGGAACCAGGCCACAACGGCCCGUUGUGCUGAAUUUGACAUCGAUAAAGGAUAAUCUCGCGCGAAAGGUUCGAACAGAGCUCUCUCGAUCGCGCGAAAAAGAGAGACGACGUGCGUACAUACAUACAUACAUAUAACAAGGGGGUUGGCGAAUACGCGUGAUUGACAGAAACACACGGUGCGGCGAAAUCCGGGCAAGCAACUGGGUUGCCAUCAGUCCGCGGAUUAAGGGCGAGAAGGGAAAUGGGCCGCUCCGCGUUUGAUACGUGAUACGAGGUGCGUGAGCGCGCGCGCGCGCGCACGCUCUCUCUCUCCCUUCUGUAAGUCGCGCGUGUAUAUGUGGCGUGCGUGCGUGUGUCGUUGUCGUGGUCGCCCACCUCCUCGUCCUCCCCGUCGCCGCGGUCGUCAUCGUCAUCGCCGUCGCUGUUGUUGUCAUCAUCAUCAUCAACAACAACAACAUCAACAUCAUUAUCGUGCUUGUGCCGAGUGUCUCAUGUGUGCAUGUGUAUAUAUGUGCCACCCGAAAUACGUCUGUGCUCACGUGAAUGAAAGAGAAGAUACGGGCAGGGCUGCUGGUCACCCCGAAAUUGCCGAGGCAAACGUCGUCGCCGUCGUCGUCACCGCGCGACUCGACGUUCACGUCCAACGAAGAGCUAUCUCGCGCCCCGUGAAAACGCGACGCGGCGACAUGACGACGGCGAGGGGUGGUGUCGUCGCCGCGGCAUCGUCGUCGCUGUCGUCGUCGUCGCCGUCGUCGUCGUCGACGGCGGCGACGUCGUUGACAUCGUUGACGACGACGUCAUCGUUGACAACUUCGACACUGGCGACUGUGUUUGCGCCGUUUCGUCGUUUGCUCGCGACCACCCUCCUGCUACUGUUGCUGAUGUCGACGCAUCCUGGACCCGCCGCGGCUUCUUGCCGAUGGACCACCGAGGCCGGCAACGACACCCGUUCGGCGGAUUGCGCACUCCGCGUACUGGACCCCACUGCGAUCGUCUCCCUGGCGCCGUCACUUGACGGUGCGCUCCGCUUGCGUAUUCGCUGCAGUGACGUACACCACUUCGAAAGCAGCUUGAACGCGCAAAGCUGGCAGCGACUGGCCGGUCUACACGAGCUGCACGUGCACGGCUGCAAAGUGCUGCGCGUACCAGAGGCUGCGUUCCAACCGUUAUUGGAGCUCAAGCGAUUGGUCGUGCAAACCUUCAACGGCGCGUGGGGCGCAGGCAGGCACCUGGAGUUCGCCCCGCGCUCUUUUCUCGGCCUCCGCGAGCUCCACACCCUGGAAAUCAUCGAAAGCAACGUGCUGGCGUUACCAGCGGAUCUUCUCUGCGAAUUAGAUAAUCUGCAGACUCUGAAUCUCACCGGCAACCGUAUCCGCAACGUCGACGACAUUGGUCUGACGGCGCGCGCCGUCGACGGUGAGUCGUGUCGCGCCGACAUUCGUAUCCUGGAUCUAUCGCGUAACGAGCUGCAACGAUUAACCGAGGACGGGCCGCUAAUUGGUCUGCGGCAGCUGCAGGAGCUCUAUUUGCAGCGUAACGCGAUCAUCAGGAUCGAACAGAACGCCCUGAACGGUCUCGCCGUGUUGCGCACUUUCAACGCCAGCUACAACGCCCUGGAUACGUUGCCGGAGGGUUUGUUCGCCAGCACACGCGACCUACGGGAGAUUCAUCUGGCGCACAACGGUCUGCGCGAUCUGCCGCGCGACGUCUUCACCAAUCUCGAGCAACUAUUAGUUUUGAAUCUCGCUAACAACCGGCUCGACAGUGACCACGUCGACGACACCACCUUCCUUGGUUUGAUCCGUCUAAUCGUGCUUGAUCUGUCGUACAAUCAGUUGACGCGUAUCGACGCUCGCAUGUUCAAGGACCUAUAUUUCCUGCAGAUCCUCGACCUCCGCAACAACUCGAUCGAUCGUAUUGAAAGUAACGCCUUCCUGCCGCUCUAUAAUCUCCAUACUCUCGAGCUAUCCGACAAUAGAUUGCACGCCGUGGGAGCACAGCUCUUCAACGGCCUGUUCGUGUUAAAUCGCUUGAGCCUGUCGGGGAACGCGAUCGGCAGCGUCGAUCCUAUGGCGUUUCGCAACUGCUCCGACCUCAAGGAGCUUGAUCUCAGUAGUAACGAGCUCGUCGCGGUGCCAGAUGCGCUGCGCGACCUCGCCUUCCUCAAGACCCUCGACCUCGGCGAAAAUCACAUCAACGAGUUUCACAACGGCUCCUUCCGCAAUCUCCACCAGCUCACGGGUCUGCGUCUAAUCGGCAACGACAUCGGUAAUCUAUCGCGCGGCAUGCUCUGGGAUCUGCCAAACCUGCAGAUCCUCAAUCUCGCCCGUAACAAGGUACAACACGUCGAGCGACACUCGUUCGAACGCAACAUCCGGCUCGAGGCGAUUCGACUGGACGGCAAUUUCCUAUCGGACAUCAACGGCGUCUUCACUAGCGUCAGCAGUUUGCUACUGCUGAACCUGUCUGAGAAUCACAUCGAAUGGUUCGAUUACGCCUUUAUACCGGGCAAUCUCAAGUGGCUCGACAUCCACGGCAAUUUUAUCGAGAGCCUUGGCAAUUAUUACAAGAUCCGCGAGUCUAAAGUGAAGACCUUGGACGCGAGUCACAAUCGCAUCACCGAGCUCUCGCCAUCGUCCGUGCCAGACAGCGUGGAGCUGCUGUUCAUCAACAACAACUACAUCAACACCGUGCGACCCAACACGUUCGCCGACAAGGUGAAUCUCACGCGAGUCGAUAUGUACGCCAACAUGAUCGAGACGAUGGAACUGACGUCGCUACUGCUAACCAAGGUACCGGAUAACAAACCCCUGCCCGAGUUCUACAUUGGCGGUAACCCAUUCAACUGCAACUGCUCCAUGGACUGGUUGCCGGCUAUCAACAAUCAGACCUCCACGAGAGAGUAUCCGCGUGUCAUGGACUUGGACAACGUAAUGUGCCGCACUUCAGGACCUCGUGGCAUCGCCAUCGUUACCGCAUCGAGCGCGCGAUCCGAGCAAUUCCUCUGUCGUUACGAGGCGCACUGCUUCGCUCUUUGCCAUUGCUGUGAGUUCGACGCGUGCGAUUGCGAGAUGACCUGCCCAGCAGGCUGCAAAUGUUACAACGACCGCACGUGGAAUACGAACGCGGUGGAUUGCUCGGGUCUUAGGGUCGAAGAGAUACCUCGUAGGAUACCGAUGGACGCCACCGAGGUUUACUUGGACGGCAACGUGCUACGGGAGCUGCAGAAUCACGUGUUUAUCGGCCGCAAGAACAUGCGCGUGUUGUAUGUGAACGCGAGCGGCAUCGAAUCCAUCCAAAAUCGCACGUUCAAUGGGCUCAACAAUCUGCAGAUCCUGCAUCUCGAGGACAAUCGAAUACGCGAACUCAAGGGUUUCGAGUUCGAGCGGCUAUCGCAUCUGCGCGAACUCUAUCUGCAAAACAAUGCAAUCGGCUUCAUCGGCAAUCUAACGUUUCUGCCGUUGCGAUCGCUCGAGAUCCUUCGACUGCACGGUAAUCGUCUGGUGACCUUCCCCGUGUGGCAAGUCACUUUAAACGCGCGACUGGUCGAACUGUCGCUUGGCGGCAACCCGUGGUCUUGUCGCUGCAAGUUCCUGCAGGAGCUGUCCUCCUGGGUGUCGGACAACGCGCACAAAGUGAUCGAUGCCGGAGACGUGUGGUGUUACUACGGCGGCGACGCCAGACCGGCCUAUCGACGUCGUCUCAACGUCAACGAAACCGCCUGUUCGGAUUACUUCGCUCAAGGUGGCGUUAUUGAGAGUAUCAUGGUGUCGGACUAUCUGCCGUUGGUGGCUGCGACUCUGUCGGCCAUACUCGUUCUGUUAGUAAUCAUAGUGCUCGCGUUCGUGUUCCGCGAGCCGGUCGGCGCAUGGGCUUACUCCAAGUACGGACUGCGAUUUCUUCGCGCGAAACCCGGCAAGGCCGUGACCACGGCGACCAUGAGCACCGCCUCCGCCAUGGCUGGUUGCUGUGAUGUCGACCGCGAUCGUCUCUACGACUGCUACGUGUGCUACAGUCCGAACGAUGAGGACUUUGUGCUGCAUUCGUUGGCAGUCGAGUUAGAGCAUGGACCGGCUGGAUUGCGGCUCUGUCUUCAUCAUCGCGACCUACCUUGCGUGCUGCGCGCCUCCGCACCCGCGCCAGCCGUCCUCGAGGCGGUGGAUGCUUCUAGACGUGUGUUAAUCAUACUAACCCGCGACUUUCUACAAACCGAGUGGUCGCGCUUCGAAUUCCGUGCGGCGUUGCACGAGGCUCUACGCGGCCGUGCCUCCCAGCUGAUUAUUAUCCAAGCUGGCCACAUCGGCAUCGAGGUGGAGCGUGAUCCCGAGCUGCGACCCUACUUAAGAUCAGCAGCAUUAAUACUCACGUGGGGCGAGAAGAGGUUCUGGGAGCGACUGAGGUACGCAAUACCGCCGUCCACGACCACCACCAUCACCACCACUGCCACCAGCAACACCACCGCCACUGUCGGCGACGUCUCCAUUGAGAGCAAGUCCUCGCCGUUGGUCUAUAAGCGUAACAUCAACACCUACACGUUGGACAGCGGCGUCGGAGUCGGCAUAAGCGAAAAAACGGGCAUGUCGACGCUACGCGGUGGCCAACGCGCUGCGCUUUUCAAAGACGCCUCGUCGGCGUUGAUGUUGCAGCACGCGCCGCCCGCAUAUUCGUGCGGUGCGGCACCGGUGAUAUCGCAGCAGCAACAGCAACAACCGUUGCCGUCGUCGCCGGCGCAGCCGAGACUCACUGUCAAUCACGCUUACCGGGACGCGGUCGCCGGCGUUCCAGCCGGUAAUCUCAUCACAGCCGCCACCACUGCUGCCACCACUACUACCACCGUCAAUUGCGGCAUCGGCGAGGACCACAGGAGACCGCUGUCGGAACACAUCUACUCGUCCAUCGACUCGGACUACUCCACCCUGGAGAGGACCGCCUGGAGGCAGCAACAACAACAACCACCGCCGCCGCCACCCCCGCCGUCCUCCGGACAGGCCUACCUGGUUUAGCUCCUCGUGACCACCCCUGGUGUUUCCGCGGCGACAACGACGUAUCCGAAGCUGCUACGUCCAAGAAGCCGGAACUGUGAUACCACCGACUCGCAGACGACUGCGACGAGCGACGGUGGUAGCUCGCGCUCGAAAGGUUGUGCUCGAUCUCGUUGUGCUCGUCCGCAGGUUCGCUCGCGAUCACGAUGUCGUCGCGACGUCCACGUCUGGCGUCGACGUACUGCGUGUCGAACACAAAGACGACGUCGUGAACCGACCGAGCCGCGAAACCACGCGAGACAACGCGUGUACAUAGUUGAGAGACGUCGUCGCGAAAGGAGAGGGACUGAAUGUCCGCGUAUCAUAAUUGUUGUCUCCGGAGACUCGGAGAAUACCCAUCGUGUUACUUGUCGCGGCUCAUCCGCGAGCGACCGCUUGGCUCGACGAUGCGCGACAAUUUUUCUUCUUCUUUGCCAUCACCGGAACGUGAUCGACGUUUCUCUCUUGUUUCCCCUCUUGUCAUUGUUCCUUACGUCUCGUUUUUGUUUUAUUAUUAUUCUCUUCACCCCCGUCUUCCUUCGCUCUACUCUACGUAAUAAGACUUUCGGCCUCCCCCUUAGCGUCGCGGCUGCGCGUAUGCGCACCCUCGGUGUAAUGCGAAUUUUUGAAUGGCGUCUCGCGAAAGAACGCGUUUCGUUCAGGUAUACAGGGUGCCUCGGCUUUGCUUUAACAUGCGCGGAAUUAAGUUUCUUUCGAUGAGACUGAAAGAAGAUCAUUCGUACAACUUGAUUGCAAUGCGUGAUUGUGACGAGAAAUUAAGAAAACUUUCAAAAAAUUAAAAUAUUGAUUAUUCAACAUUAAUAAUAUGUGUGUAUGUGUAUAUAAUUAAUAUAUGUAUAAAAUAUACAUAAUUAAUUACACACACACA